UGAAGAAGAGUUGAAAGCUUUAAUUUCAGAAUACCCAAUAGUCGACUUUGAAAUGUUGCCAAAUUGUAUUCAAGAACUUCAAGGCGAACUUCAAAAAAUUGUUUCUAAUCAUGACUAUGUACUUAUAUUGUAA